AUGGCUGAUGCUGCUGCUGCCCCCGCUGUUGUCAAGACUCCCAAGAAGAAGGCUGCUGCCAAGCCUAAGAAGGCUGCUGCACAUCCUACCUAUUUGGAGAUGAUCAAGAAAGCUAUUUCAACCCUGAAGGAGAGGGGUGGUUCUUCCCGACAGGCUGUUCUGAAAUACAUCUUGGCCAACUACAAGGUUGGUGACAACCAGGUGGCCAUCAAUGCUCGCAUCAAGACUGCUUUGAAAAAUGGAGUCAAGAACGGCGCACUGAAGCAAUCAAAGGGAACUGGAGCCGCUGGAUCAUUCCGUCUUGGCGAGGCAAAGAAAGACGAAAAACCCAAGAAGGCUAAGGCAGCUGCCAAACCAAAGAAGGCUGCCAAAUCCCCCAAGAAAGUCAAGAAGCCAGCUGCUGCCAAGAAACCCAAAACAGCCGCUAAGAAGGCCGCUAAGUCACCAAAGAAGGUGAAGGCUGCAGCCAAGCCCAAGAAGGCGAAGACACCCAAGAAGGCAGCAGCCAAACCCAAGAAGGUCAAGACCCCCAAGAAGAAGGCAGUCAAGCCAAAGAAGGCUUAA